AGUACGCCGGCUUGCUAAUCCUAAUUCUCUCUGAAGCUGAUUAACUUUGCCGUUUCAUCAAUUCAAAAUCCCUAAUCUCCCCCGACGACCCAAAAGGCGGUAGCCGCUGUUUCCUCCUCUGUGCAGUCACCAGGUUCUUUUAUAACUUUCAAAGCAAUGUCUCGCGUGUACGUGGGUAACCUUGACCCACGGGUUUCGGAACGGGAUCUUGAAGACGAGUUUCGUGUCUUCGGGGUUAUUAGAAGUGUAUGGGUUGCUCGAAGGCCGCCUGGUUAUGCUUUCAUUGAGUUUGAUGAUCACAGGGACGCUAAAGACGCAAUUCGUGAAUUUGACGGUAAGAAUAGCUGGAGAGUUGAGCUUUCUCAUAAUUCUAGAGGAAAAGGUGGAAGAGGAGGUUCUGAUUUGAAGUGCUAUCAGUGUGGUGAGCCUGGUCAUUUUGCUCGUGAAUGUCACACGCGUGGUGGUUCAGGAAGACAUUGUAGCCGCAGCCCUAGAUAUCGUAGGAGCCCAAGCUAUGGAUGCAGAAACUACAGUCCUCGUGGCCGAUCUCCUAGACGUCGUAGUCCCUCUCCUCAUGGACAUGGCUACAGAAAGUCUCCACCAUAUCGUGGUCGUGAGGAAUUGUCAUAUGCUAAUGGAAAUGGUGCGGGGGAACGCCGAAGGAGUAGAAGCUAAGUAGCACAAGGAUUUAACUUUUGUUGUAGAGAUUGGGCUUAAGCUUGUUUAGUUUGUUUGGACAUCAAUGCUACUAUUUUAAAUUGGGUGACGCCCUCAGCCUCUUGGAUUUGGAUAAGUUCCUUUCUGUCAUUCUUUUGUUUAUGAUGCUUUUGUCUGCUUUAUCUAUGCUAAAGCGUAAUCUAUUUUAUGCCUAGGAAAAAGAGGCUUAAGCUUACCU